AUGCGAUUACUAGUGAUUUCUCUAUUUCCAAAUUUCAUCUUCGAAUUAGCGUCAAUUGUCAUCAAUCAAGACUAUGAUUUGGUCGAUUCGAGCAGCGAUGAGGAUUCGCUUCAUCCCACUCAAACGAUUUACCGACAAGCACUCGAUCGAUACAAAAUCCAAAACGAACAGCCGAAAACGCAGCCGAAACCGCAGCGCAAACCGCCGAACUGCACGCGGGAUACGGUGAUUAUGCACAAAUUGAUCAACGAGACCGGCUAUAACAAAUUGCGGAUACCAACCGAUGAGGGUGUCCGUGUGGUGGUCGAGUUUUGGAUUCAAUCAAUCGAGUCGAUCAACGAGAUCACCAAUGAUUUUGAGAUGGACAUUUACAUCAACGAAAUGUGGAUGGAUCCGGCUUUGACCUUCGAGCAUUUAAACCCGUGCAAGCAGAAUUUCUCGCUGAGUUUUCAGAUAUUCGAUCAAAUUUGGACACCAAAUAGCUGCUUUAUCAACUCGAAAAUCGCCGAGAUUCACAAUUCGCCAUUUCGAAACGUUUUUCUCAUGUUGUACCCGAAUGGGACGGUUUGGGUGAAUUAUCGAACCCGUGUGAAAGGUCCUUGCUCUUUGGAUUUGACAAUGUUCCCGUUGGAUCGACAAAGAUGCAGUUUGAUCUAUGAAAGCUUCAACUACAACAAUCAAGAAGUGCAAAUGCGCUGGAGCACUGAUCAGGCUGGAGCUGUGAAAAAACUCGUGGACAUCGUUUUGCCCGACUUUGACUUGAUUGACAUUCGAACGGAUCAUGUGGUCGAGCCCUACCCAGCCGGAAUGUGGGACGAAUUGCACGUGCAUUUGACAUUUGAACGCAGAUAUAUUUGGUAUUUCAUGCAAGCCUACUUGCCGACCUAUUUGACGAUUUUCAUCAGUUGGGUGAGUUUCGCGCUUGGGCCGAGAGCCAUCCCAGCAAGGACGAUGCUAGGUGUCAACGCUCUCUUGGCAAUGAUUUUUCAAUUCGGGAAUAUUAUGCGAAAUCUUCCGAGAGUCUCCUAUAUAAAAGCAAUUGAUGUUUGGAUGCUCGCCUCGAUGACAUUUAUUUUCGCAUCACUUCUAGAGUUGGCCAUCGUUGGGUACAUGGUAAAAGACGAAAUGCCGGGUUCGAGGAAGCGAAAAAGCUUGUGUGUGCCAAAGAUCUCUCGGAGUUACCAAAUGGACACUUUCGAUUCGACGAGCGCGAAUUUGAUAAGAAUCGACAAGCGUUUCAUGCUGCCAUUGGAUCGAGCCAGAUCUGCAUGGCGGAUCUACAUCCCGGACUUUGGCAUGUGGCCACCCGAGAGAGUCGACAAAAUCUCGAGCAUUCUAUUCCCGACCACGUUCGCCGUUUUCAAUAUCGUCUACUGGACCUACUACUCGCAACGAAAGAUCACCGUUCAAGGCGAUGGA